CACCCCAUCUACCUCCACCAAACAUAUAAUAGCAAUCCUAAUUUUCCAAUUUCAUAAAGAAUUAUAGUUCAAAUUUCAAAGUUUAAUUUCAAGAUUUCAACUUUUUGCAGUUCUUUGGCCGUUUCUUAUAUUCGGGUCCAUUGAGAAUUUUUACUCUGUGAACCUGCAAAAUACACGAGAGUCAGAAUAGAAUACAAUAUCCGUGGUGGUUAUCGAUUUAGGUUAUACGCAGAAACGAGGCAAUCAAACUCCCCACAGCAAAAUUAUUAGUAUAAAAUCUGAAAAUAUUCAGACCCACAAAUCUGUUCUUCCCACUAGGGUAUGGUACGUUGCUUGCAGACAGUUGAAUUUGCAGAAACUUCCCAAAAAUUACCAGCGCUGAAUCAUUGCUAGCUUGCUACAGUUCUGGAUAAGUUCAAACUAUCACAUCAUAGAAAGGAAGUGAAUUUCGCUGACUUAAUUCUCUGCUUUUUUAGAAGAAAUUGAGUUGCAGAGACACGCGAUGAAUCACCGCCUUCCGGAUUUCGACAUGGAUGAGGAAUUCAAUGUUCCUCACACCGCCACUUCUUCCUCUGGUUCGACCAGACAUAAUAAGAAGCCUGCAAUGUAAGUUUUAUGCUCUCUAUCCCUGUGAGUUGCGGUGGAAGUCAAUUGGAGGUAGGGGUUUAAUUUGAUUUUGAAUACAGGGAUGAAGAGAAUAUCAUGGAGCUUCUAUGGCAGAACGGUCAAGUCGUUAUGCAUACUCAAAACCAGAGAUCCUAUCAUAAACCAAUCUUCUCCAGCGACGCGGCAAUUCCCGCUGAGCAGCCCGCGGGCAGACAGAUUCGACUGCCGGGAGAAGAAACGUCGGCGGCGAACCAGCAUCUGUUCAUGGAGGAGGAUGAGAUGGCGUCUUGGCUCGACUACCCUCUCGAUGAGCCCUCCUUUGACGACCGUGAUCUCUACUGCUCUGAUCUCCUUUAUCCGCCUUCAGCUACGACGUUCGCUCCUCCCCUGCGCGCCGCCGCCUCCGUCCCUACACGCGAAAUCCGCUCGCCUGUAGCCGAGAUCCGUCAGGCUCGGAUUCAUCUGCCGCCAUCGCAGACCCCACCUGUACCUCUACCCAAACCUCCCGAGGCUCAAGGUGCGCCACGCGUCCAAAACUUUGCCCACUUUGCGCGACUGCAUAGAGGGAGGAUCGAACCGGUGCCGUUGAGUUCGAGCAAGGCGCCGAUAGAAUCGACGAUCGUGGACUCGAGCGAGACCCCUCAUGUGGCAGAAAGUGUGACGCCGGUGUCUGGCGGGAAGUUAAGCGGCACAGUGGACACAGGUUCGUCACCGAGAGGUAAAAGGGAUGAAAAGGUAUCGUGCGAGCAAACGGUAACGUCAUCUCCCGGAGAUUCAGGAGGCAGCGGCAGCCCGGAGCCGCCCCAAAACGCAGCGGUAGAUGACCGGAAGCGUAAGGGAAGAGCAGCCGACGAGACGGAGGGCCACAGUGAGGAUAUGGACUUAGAGUCUGUUGAUACAAAGAAGGAUGCGCGUGGUUGCCCUUCAACAAAGAGAUCUCGGGCUGCACAGGUCCAUAAUCUCUCAGAAAGGAGGCGGCGUGAUAGGAUUAAUGAAAAGAUGAGGGCCUUGCAAGAACUCAUACCGCGCUGCAACAAGUCAGACAAAGCUUCAAUGUUGGAUGAUGCAAUCGAGUACUUGAAAUCCUUACAAAUGCAAGUGCAAAUGAUGUCCAUGGGAUGUGGCAUGGUCCCAUUGAUGUAUCCCGCCGGUAUGCAGCAGUAUAUGCAAACGAAGAUGGGUAUGAACAUGAUGGGGAUGUGCAUGGAUAUGGGCAUGAGUCGCCCUCCCAUGGUUCCUCCAUAUUCAGUACCACCACCACCACGAACACAUCUACCCGGUUCAUCAAUGCUAACAAAUCCAACUACGGCAGCACAGAUGAACACCCCAAGGUUUCCUAUCCCACCACCAUCAUUCCCAUUUCCUGUACCACCAGAUCCUUCUAGAGUACCCACAUCAGGUUCCAUGUUAACCCCACUUGUCUCCCUUAAUCCUAACCAGCAACAAAUACCAAAUUUUGUAGAUCCAUAUCAACAACUUCUUGGUGUUCACCAGGCACAAGUUAUGUUGCCUCUGAAUCAAACAGUGGAACGUCCUAUUUUAAACAAGCCAAGCAGCGGCAAAGAUCUUGGGAAUUCAGGGAGUCAUGAAUCUUGUGCACCUUGACUGAGAUUUUUAAAAGCAGCAUUUCAUUUGGGAAUAAAUGGUGUGAUGUUUCAAAAUGCUUUGGAAAUAUAAGACUCAUAGGAGACAUGUGUUGAAUGACAAGAAUGAAGAGUGCACAUUAAAGAUGGAGGUCUAUGUAACACACUGUGGUUGACAAUUUUCCAGCACAUCAUUAAUGGGAAUGUCAACUAACCAAAUUUUGCAGAGUAAGAGAAGUAAUAAUGUGAAUGUAGCCUAAAUCUGCUGGCCAGACGGCCAUCAUGUAACUUGUUAUGAAAUUUCCUCUUUUUCAUUGUGGCUUUUAAUACAAUGAUAAGUUGAAGCCUGAAGGUCUGUCAGUCUGUGUAUAUAUUACUACCAUGAUUUUAGUUGAGUUAUCAAAGAAAUCAUUGCCUUCGUGUUUAAAAUAGCCAUAAAACACUUGGGCAUACUGAUUUUUGUUUGCUUCUUGACUCAUUUCUUGUCCUGGUCCCUUCUAUUAAGAAAGUGUACUAAAGUUUAUUUUGGGAAAGCGUAUAAAAAUUC